UUGGAAUUGACCAAUUUACGUCAAUUAUCGUUAGAUAUACGACAAACUUAUGAUUACAUACCUGAUUUUCUUGAGGCAAUCCCUCAUUUACAUGCAUUAGACAUAACUAUACACCUAUAUGACGAUUGGGAACAAAUGACGGAAAAAUACGUGUUUGCAAUUACGAAUUUUACCAAAUUAACAAAGCUAUCCCUUGAUGUGAUUCAGGAAAGCACAUUUGUGCGCACCGGUCGCGUACCUCAAUCACUAUAUAGUGGAAUAUCUCAACUUGCUAACUUGACCAGUUUACGAGUGUGGUUCGGUGGGUCCAGUCAUGAUGAUCUUCCCCAUCUAGUGGGCAAGCUUCCCAAUUUGAAGUACUUGGACAUCCCUCGAAUAACCACGUCUCUACCUCCCUUCCUUCAAUACAAUCGAAUGAUACCAGGGGUAUAUUUUGAUGAUAUGUAUGAACUUCGUUCGAAUGCAUUGUAUUUGUUCAAGAGUAACGCCAGUAUUAAAUUUGUCAGAAUCAAUCUGAGUAUAUUUGAAUGUUGCGAUGGAGCAAAUGUGGUUUCGAGGGAUGGAAUAAGUCGCUGGUUCGACGAAAGAGUAAGAUAUAUUAGUGAGCUAGGGGUGUAAAAAUUGGAGUGGGUGCAAAUUGUGGAGAUUUACAGUGUGUGUGGUGACAUCACUAGAAGCAAUCGCCGAAUGGUGGAGAACUAAGGUGGGGGGAGAGUGUGACUGAUAAGAUUUACAUCAAGAAAAUAAUGAUAUCAAGCAAUACCGUAAACGCCGAACUCCCCAUGGGAUGUGUGUUUGUUUUGACAAGAGGCUAUGCCCGGUUUAUUCCACUAAAUGCCAUUUGGUUUAGUUCCAUUCAUCCAGAAUGGAACAUUCAAAAAAAAAAUAUUUUUUUGCGUUCGUGCGAGAAGCAUCAAGCGAUGGUAAGAAAAACAAGAAAAAAAAAAAGAAAAGGGGAGUGGAAAAUUGCCUAAAAAGAAAAGACCAAUUCGCUUUCGCUGUUAAGAACUCAGUGUG